UGUCAAUUUGUGUCUUUUACAGACAAAUAUCACUGUCCUGUAACAUUCAAAGUCUUCAAUAACAACUCACACAUUGUUGCUGUCAAAACAACUGGAAAUGUCUUCUCAUAUGAUGCAGUGGAACAGUUAAAUCUAAAAGCAAAGAACUUCAAAGAUCUCCUCACCGAUGAACCAUUUACACGUAAAGACAUAAUAACUAUACAGGAUCCAACAAGUCUUGACAAGUUUAACCUGGCAAAUUUCCACCAUCUAAAAAACAACUUGAAAGUGGUGAAUGAAGAGGAAGAGAAAGCAAAGAAGGAUCCAAAGUAUUAUUUGAACAGAGCCAACAAAGACACACUUGGCAUUCUUAGUGAGCUGGAAAGAACGUACAAAGAACCUGUAAGUAAACUUUACUUUAUCUGUCAUUCUCUAUUGGAGUUUUAUCGUUGUGUCUGUUUUGCCAGGUUAGUUGGUGGGCUUGAAACACUUAGCGCUAUGGAAAAAGUCGAAACCGACGAAAAAGAUCGACCUAAGGAAACGAUCAAGUUGAUCAAGGCUGUGGUGUUCGUGAAUCCUUUUGAUGAAGUGGACGCCGUUCUUAAAGAAGAACGCGAGAAAAAGGAAGAAGAGGAAAAGCGACAGGAAGAAGCCGCCAGGAAAAAGAAAGCAGCUGCUACACCAGCAGAAGCACCCAAGGUUUACCGCUUAGGAGUUGGAAAAUAUAUUCCACAGAAACCAGCAUCCAGGGAUGCCGAUACUGCUGACCUCACACCGCAGCCAACAAAAAAGAAAAUAAAAACUUCUGGUGGGUUUAAAGAUUUCAGCUCGUGGUGACAAACAAACAGGGGGACUGUGAAUUUCCAUAGAAAAAGCCCAGGACAGGCUUCUAAUCGAGAGAGCGUGAGAUUGAAUGAAUGGCGGCGACGGGCCUUACAGUAAGAUAAAUCUCAUUGUUGAGACCUAAUGCCUGGAGGCGAGAGAAUUGUUCGCCAUGACCACAGCGCAGUCAGUCUAUAAACCGAGACUGGAAAUCACAUCUGAUAUCUCUUGCCGUACGUGACAUUGGAGAAGAUGGAUAAAGCUUGAUCAUUAUAGAGCACUCUCUAAACAGAGAAAAGCCCGGUUGGCUCCAGGAAGAACCCAACAAGAUUACACGCACUCGUUCAAAGCUCACACCUGUGUUUCCCACGGAGGCCGAGAAAAUGGCGCUGAGAGAAGAAACGCUGUUCAGUCAUGGCAAAUUAUCAUCAGGUUCUAUUGUCCAAUCAUAAGAUCGGACGCCUUCGUGCGCUAACAUAUUGCAGAAGUGUAGCAGCACUCGUAAGCCUGUAGUUCUGUUUGUGCGAGCAAGAAAAACAUUGUCAGUGUUAUCUGCCUUGACGAUAGUCCAUUAUUUUCUUUUAAAAGCAGUCAUGACCAGCUAUAAUGUAAUUUAUGUCAAGACAUCGUUCUGACAUGAUUUUCCGUUGGUGAAGGUCGUACCAGGUACCUGAAGUAUUUUGGCAAAAUAGAGGCACCGUGCACUAGAUGUAGCAAUUAAUUCAGCAUAGCGCUUGCUCAGGUUUGUAGUCACAAACAACUUUCGCUGCUCUUCAUAUUUCGUGAUCAAGCGGCUAAAAUCUAACGUUGAAUUUGUCACGCGCUUGUAACGCCAUAAAUAAUGAAUUGGCAUUAUGCUAAUUCAUGUCAUGACAAUUAAAUGUAGAAAUGACAUCAACUCGGAAAAAAAAUUGUUUCUAUAGAUAUUACGAUCAUUGACAUGUCAAGUUGUUUUGUAAUUCUAUGUUUUUUUUUUUACUCCGAAACUAUGCGAAGGAAAGGAUACUAAAAUUGCCUGUCGUUAUAGGUACGCACAAACCUUUUACUGAAGUAAAUACACUUGCAUAUGAUCAACUUUGAAAAAAUGCAUUUUAUGAGUGCGAUUCAUUUGUAAUUGUUAAAUCAUUUCCCCAAUUGAAACUAAGGGAAAUGUUGCGUGCAGAACUCUAUUCUUUUCUUUUGUUGCGUUUCUCGCAUCACGCCGAAAAUCACGAGGUAACACGAAACAACACGAACGCGAGCACGAAUUAUGUCGGGAGCAAUUUUUAUGACGAAAUCUCUUGCUCUUUUAGUGUUGUUUUUCUCUGGUUUAGUUUAAGUAUAGAAUAAUUGUAUUCCAGUCGUUGAAUUUUAAGAAUGCUGUGUUGAAAUAGA